CAGCGGCCAUUUUGGAACCAGACGCAGGGGGAAGUGACUUCCUGCUUUUGACAGCCAUUUCUUUCACUGUAUUUUGUUCGAUAAGAUCGCCGGUAUCAGGAUUCCUCUGCUGUCGUUUUCUCUAAGUAAACUAUGGCUAUGAGGGGAAAACAGCGAACACCGGGAGAAGUUUGCGCUGAUUGUGGAGCUCCGGAUCCAGGAUGGGCCUCCAUUAACCACGGUGUGUUGAUAUGUGACGAGUGUUGUAGCGUACAUCGAAGCCUGGGAAGGCAUAUAUCCCAAGUCAGACCAUUACAUAAUGGCCCACCAGCACCAAGAAAUCUAUUAGAGAUGGUACAGACGUUAGUCAGUAGUGGCGCCAAUUCGAUAUGGGAACAUUCGUUAUUAGACCCGUCACAAGUGAAAAGUGGCAAAAGAAAACCGUCUCCUUCUGAUCCAAUACACCCUACCAAAUCGGAAUUCAUUCGUGCAAAAUAUCAGCGACUAGAUUUUGUGCACAGACUGCCUACAAAAGAUGAUGAUGGUGUUACGACGAGAGAUUUGAGCAAACAAUUACACUCCAGUGUGAGGACAGUCAACGUAGAAACAUGCCUUAGACUCUUGUCACUUGGAGCUCAGUCAAACUUCUUUCAUCCUGAUAAAGGCAAUACUCCACUGCAUGUUGCAGCCAAAGCAGGGCAGAUGCUACAAGCAGAAUUACUAAUAGUGUACGGAGGUGACCCUGGCGCUUUUGACGUCAACGGAAAAACUCCAUUAGAUUAUGCCAAGAGUGAAGGUCAUUUAGACCUUGCAGAGCGUUUAGUUGAAUGUCAGUAUGAACUUACUGACAGACUAGCGUAUUAUUUAUGUGGGAAAAAACCAGACCACUCGAUAGGUCAGCAUUUUAUCGUUCCUGAGAUGGCCGACAGCAGUCUUGACCGAUCAGAAUUAGCCAAAGCAGCAAAAACAAAACUUCAAGCAUUACCAAAUCACUUAUUUGAAGAGCUAGCGAUGGACGUUUAUGACGAGGUUGACCGGAGAGAGUUGGAUUCUGUGUGGUUAACGACUCGGAAUCACAGUACACUUGUCAACGAUAAAUCUGUUAUACCAUUUUUACCUGUUAAUCCUGAGUUUUCAUCCACAAGAAAUCAAGCCAAAGAAGCACAGAGAAGAAAGAAGCACACCAAGGAAGCUGAGCUUGUUGCCAAAUGUCGACAGUCCUUAGAGUUGGAUAAGGAGAAGAUCACUAACCGCAGAGCACAUUUACAUGCAUUACAUCAUAAAAAAGAAGAAAAGAAAGAAGUUGCUGAUAACAGUGAAAUAAAAGGAAGGAUCUCUAACCGUCCUCUAAGUGUAAUUCAAAGUCGUGGAGGGGAUUCUAAUCGCACAUCUGUUACAAGCAGUGGACUCAUUGAUUAUUCACGAGAAGACACAUUUGCUAGUUACAUAUCAGAGGUAGAUGGCAUGGAGGGUCAACCUGAGGAACUUCCACAACAUAAAUCAGAACUCUAUAGACUUUUUGGUACAAAACAAGCCAACUAUUUUCUAUACCCAAGGAUUGAACCCAUCAAGAAGAAGAAAAUUCGAGUGAAUCCAGCUUUGAGGAGGCAAGGGGGGAGGGCUGGUGCUAGCACUCUGUGGUCCAUACUAAGGGGCCAGUCUAGAGUGAAACUAGUUCAAGCUGAUCAACGCAUACCAAGUGAGUUAAAAGAUGCAUAUGGUGCAUUUGUGCGGGAAUGUUUAACCCGGCAUAAAACAGUAGCAAAGAGAAGUUUUUACAGUGAAACUGAGGUGCCAGAAUCAGAAAAGAUACAAGACAGCAGUUAUCAUGAACGAGUGCGUGAAAUGAAAAACAAGAUGGAACUGAUGUUCCGAGCAGCUCAACUAAAUGAGGACAAAACAUCUAUUCUGUUGUUUAAUAAUCCCCCUCCCGAUUUCAACGACCUUGAAGGACAAGAAGGAUUAAUGAGAUAUCACCCAUCAUGGGUGCCUGACGAGGAUGAAAUAUUAGAGGAAGACUACAAAAGGUGGUUGAAAAGAAAACCAAUUGAUUGGCCUACAAUGGAGGGAGAGAAAGAUCCACAAAGAUUGGAAGUGAUAACACCCAAUGAUUCAUGUCCAACUACAGCGAAGUGUGAAGUGACAGAUGACGAGUCUGAAGACUCUGAUGAUUGGUUAAUCAAUAUGAUUGUCAAUAAACCAGAAGAAGAAGUAAAGGAAGAGAAGCCGAAGAUUAAACCACCACCUAAACUCGUCUUCCUCACAGAAGAUAUGUGCAAAGAGGAAGGAAAAUUCUGGAAAAAGGGUAAAAAGAAUGAAAUACCGGAGCCACUACGACAUGAAGAAAGUAAACCACCACCUACACAGAUCAAAUCUAUGUCAGCAAUGGCUAAGAGAAAAGCAAAUAAGACUGGACUAUUAGAAGGUAAUUCAUCAACUAUCAGAAGAUCCAAUACAGCUCCUCCUAAAGCUGACUUUGCUGGCUCUAGUGAUGAAAAGAAGACAUCAUGGCAGCCACUUACAUUGAAUGCUCUCACAGAAUAUAAACCAUCCUUUGAGACAUCUGGUCAAGGAUCAUUCAGACAUGGACAGGAUGUAUUAUGGAAACCAAUAUUGUCAACAAAGUCUUAGGUGGAAAAAAUGUACCAUACUUGUCUGACUUAACGCCCAGGGUACUCAGCUCCAAAAAUCAUGUGUUUUAGGGGAUGGGUGCUUAGCUAAGCACGCCUCUCAAAAAGUAUGCAAAUAACAAUUUUAGUGCACCAUGUGCCAGACUGAGGGUAAAUAUUAUGUCUCGUUGGGGAAAAUACAAUUGCGAAAUUAGUUGAUUUCUAUAACACUUUUACAAUGAAGAAACAGAAGUGGUCAUAAAAAAUAUGCACAUUUCAUUACAAUAAUUACUUACCACUAGAAUGUAUAAUGUUAAAAUUAUUAGGGUCUGUGGGAACACCGUCAAAGUCAAAAUUUGUAUCAUUAUCUUGACUGUUGAAUGUGAAAUGUCCCAGAAGUGAGGGUGGGCACUUCGUCGAACAUGGGUGCCAAGUUGGACGAGUGUGGUAUGAUGUAAACCAAUAUUGUCAACAAAAUAUUUAAUGUAGUACUAUGAACUGUUUAAUUUUCACUUCUAGUAAUUAUCGUGAUUAGGUGAUUUAAUGGCAUGCAUGAAAACUAAAAUUUUACAAAAAUUGAUGACAUUCUAUGUCAUAGAACCCCAAGAAAGUUGUGCCACUAUAAAACUUCACAAUGUUCACUGACUUGUGAAAAUUUGUGUAUAGUGAAAUUGAAGCAAUUUACAGUCCAAAAACAAAUUAUCUUCAAUUAAUUGGCUUUACAUGAAACAAGCCU